AAAAACUUCGAAUGAUGUGCAUAGGAACGCUCGUCUCACCUGUCAGCCGAAAGCCAAUGGGGUCAGCAUCCUGCGCCGCCGCCGUGCGCGCGCUGGGCGUAGCCGUGGCGGCCGCGCUCCUGGCGUGCCGGUGCGCGGCGCAGCCGUCGGGCUCCGGCUGCAUGCCGGAGCUGGUCGGCCUGUCGCCGUGCAUGGACUACCUGUCGGGCAACGCCACGACGCCCGACGUGCCGUCGUGCUGCUCGGCGCUCUCGGGCAUGCUGAGGUCGAGCCCGGGCUGCCUCUGCACGGUGCUUGGCGGCACGGCCACGUCGCUCGGCGUCGCCGUCGACGGCGCCCGCGUGGCGCAGCUGCCCGGGGCGUGCAAGGUCCAGGCGCCUCCUGCCACCCAGUGCAACGCCGUGGGAGCUCCAGUGGCGUCUCCGGCGGCGCCGUCAGACGCCAACGCGACCCCUGCAGGAGGGUCUGGAUCGAAGUCUACACCAGCAUCCACCCUUCCAUACUCUGACGGAAAUACUGGGAGGCCUGGAAGGAUCUUCGUAUUCGCCGCAGCAGCACUGGCGUUGCUCCAUCGUUUGUGAGAUGAAUCAGAUGACGCGAAAGCUUCUUGUGUUCGUCUCCGAGCGACCGAAUCGUUUCACACGAGCAGCUUGUACAGUUUGGGGUGCUUGUUGCUCCAGGAUUCAGAGGAGCAGAGCAUUUUUUACAUUGUUCACUCGAGCAUUUUUUUUUGUAGCUAUCGAUUAGGCUGCGUGUUUUGGGGUCUCUCAGGGUCGAUGUCAUGGUGGAUGAUGCGUUGGAUUUUUUGUUCCCAAAAUCUGAACAAGCCGUAGUCAGGUUGACCGUUGGACUUGUGUGCAGCCGCCCACACCUGCUUCCUCCCGCCUUCCUUGUUCCUUCCAUGAGAUUUGCAAAAGCGAAUCCACAACAAACUUGCCCGUCAAGAUUCUCCCUCUCUUCGGUCAAAGUAAGUUGCUUUAGCUCGUGCUCCUCUGCCUCAUCCAGUGGAAGUAUAAAAACAGAGACCACCGGCCUGUAGCUGCGCUGCUGCAUCGAGGGCGAGGCAUCUCAGCCCAAGAAAACAGCUAGCUUAUCAAUGGAGGACGCCAAGCCCACCAUGGUCAAGGCGGCCGUGGAGGUGACGCUCCGCAAGUUCGAGCUGUCCGACGUGGACGCCAUGAUGGCGUGGGCGUCGGACCCGCAGGUGGCCGCCGUCUGCCGGUGGGACCCCUACGAGUCCACGGAGCCGCUGCUCGCCUUCAUCCGCGACGUCGUGCUACCGCACCCGUGGUUCCGGGCCAUCUGCGUCGCCGGGGAGCCCCGCCCCGUGGGCGCGGUGUCGGUGUCGCCGACGGGGGACCCGUGCCGCGCGGAGCUCGGCUACGUGCUGGCGCGCGCGCACUGGGGCCGGGGCGUGGCGACGGCGGCCGUGAAGCGCACGGUGGCCGCGGUGUUCGCCGAGGUGCCGGGGCUGGAGCGCGUGGAGGCGCUGGUGGACGUGGCCAACCCGGCGUCGCAGCGCGUGCUGGAGAAGGCCGGCUUCACGCGGGAGGCCGUGCUCCGCAAGUACACCGCCGUCAAGGGCGUCGUCCGGGACAUGGUCAUCUUCAGCUUCAUCAACGCCGAUCCAGUGCCCGAGUGAAUCACGUUGAUGCAUGCAAAUCUGUUGUCGAAUAGGAGUACUCCUGUAAUUUGAUCCGAUUGAAGGGACGAUAAGUAAGAAUAAAUCGCCUUGAUCUUACAUCUUCUUGUACACUUAUAGAUCCAAUGACGAGGAUAUUGGGAUUCAGAUU